UGGCUAGAGACGUUGUGACGCAAAUAUACCGCUGACCUGGUCUGGCCUCUGUUUCACCGGCACUGGAAGCGCGACGCACGGACAGUUGGAAAGAAGGAACCGACCUGCAGCAGUUGGGACUAUUGGCAGUCACAAUUUGCAAUAUAAUAACCGAUCGAAGCCUUCAAACUACCCGCAACACCGACCGUGUUUUCUUCAGAGAAUGGAGACUCUUGCAGUAAUAACAUCACCUCAUGAGCUGAGAGAAUGAACAGGACGGCUAGCCUAUCAAGGGAUACCCUGAUUGCGUGUCACUUCCCCCUGGUGCAGCUUCCCCCCUGGCAGCUUCCUGUGCAGGCAGCUCUGUGCAGUGGCUCUGCCAGCUCUGCCAAGCAGCCUGGUCGGCUGUGCUCCAGCUCCGUAGGUCUGACCCGUGCCGCCUCCCUCCCCGAGCAGGACAACCUCCACAGAGAGCCCUUCCACAGCAGCCUCAGACACAUCUCCUCCAGCUACUGGAGCCUCAAGGAGGACCGGAGCGAGGAGGAGGGGGAUGGGGAGGGGGGCAGCGAUAGCAGUGGGAGGUGUGACUCUGGAUCCUCACCAGAGGACGCGUCACAGAUGACCAUCUCCCAAAGACAUAAAGAACACCCUAUAGUUAAAGGUUCUUUACGGUCACACAACUCCUUCCUCCCGAAUGAAGGGGUGGAAGAAGAGGAUGAGGAUAGUGAUGGAGAUAACUUGCACAGAUACCACGAGGACCCUUUUUUUGUGCUGCAGCUGCAUGGGAACUCUAACUGGGCCCUGAGUAAUGCUGGGAGGCGGUUCUCCAAACCUUCUAGCCAAUCAGCCAGUCAGCAGAACAAUGACAACAAGGGUAGUACUGUGUUGUUGGACUGUGGGGAGCAGAAUAGAGUAGUGGAUAUUGAAGAUAAUAUGUUCACAUGUGGUAAUGAGGGCUACUGCUUCAGCUAUGGCCAACCAAAAUGUUUCCCUGAGUCUUUCUCUGAGGGUCAUUUAGAGUAUGUCACAGACUCCUCCUGCAACAGCUCUGAUGGGGUUCUCGUCAACUUCAGCGCCAUCUACAACAAGAGUAACAACCCUGCCACCCCAAAUGACCUCAGCUGCCCUGCAGUGCAGUCCUCCCAGCCAGUAGAGGGCUCUGUCUUCCUAAACCUGCACCCAUUCUCCCAGGAGUCCCAGGGGCCUCAGGCUGCUGGACCCAGUCAGGGGAGCCGAACAACCUCCUCUCCUCAUGACAGGGGGACUUCUGCCCCCUGCUGGUCACCGCAGGCGCUGGACUCCAACUGUAACAUCUACCUUCCCGAUGCCCAGAGCCUCCUGUCCUCUCUGGAGGUCUCUGACCUCACUUCCUGUUUCCAGAGCCAGGCCAGGCUGCUGCCCACAGGGACCACCCAGAAGUACUACAAGCUGGUGACUUGUGACCUCUCAUCCCAGUCAGCCUCGCCUAGCCCGGCCUUGUCCAGCACCACCAGUGUCACUUCAGAGGGCCACUACGUCCUCUUCAAUAAGGCCCGGGGAGAUCAGGGCCGGGGGAACAAACAGGAGGAAGAAGGAUCAGACAAAGAAGGGGGGAGAGCUGCCCCAUUGCACCGUCCUCGCUGUAUGAGCUGGGACUCCCAACAUGUCACCUCCUUCGCUGAGAUUGCACACUGUAAGAGACAUACAGACAGCUGUCAGAGCUCAAGCCACUCCCACACCUCUCAGGACCUGUGUCCCAUCCAGGAGGCAGUUUCCCUGGGCCAGAAUAGCAGCCACUCCCCCCUACUCCUGAGUCCCAACCAAGGCAGUAGCACUGUGUCCAACCACCCUUCUGUGUCACCAGACCAUGAGGCGGAGGAGGAGGGGGCGUGUUCAUGGGCAACUCCUGUGGUGCGGUACAGUAAGGCUCAGAGGCCCAGCUCCCUGCCCAUCCAGCCCUUUGACCUGCUUCCCCCAGCAGGUAAACCUCAGAGCCAGCCCCUGGGCUCCCUGCUGGACCAGUACAUCAGCCACAAGAACACCAAGCCCAGCUCCCAGCCAGGGUUCAAGUGCAAAGGCAACAGACUCCUGACCCACCUGCGUCCUUCACCGCUGGGCAGCUAUGGAGCCAUCCUCCUGGAGGGACCCUCUAGCUCUGAUACCUGCUCCACCUGCACCCCCAGUCCAGAACACUUCCACUCCAAAUGCAACUGGACACACUCCAGUCCCUACAGUAGCCAUGGCUGUACUUUUACCAGUCCAAAACAAGCUCACAUAAGCACAAUACAAUCUAAUACCGAACUAACCCAGGUUCAUUCAUGCCAGGACCAGCUCUUUGCAGACCUAGACCAAAGCUAUCCCAGCCCAGGUCAGGCCCACAGUAGCCCAAACCAGUCUCAAUGUAAAGAUUCAACCAAACGUAGCCAAGGUAUGGCUCAGAUCUGCCAAGAUCUCAUUCGCCGGUUUCCAGAGCAGCAGAGCCCCAGACCAGUCCUCCUGACCCACAGCCCUGACUUCCCCAUUGACUCCCAUGUAGCAACCAUGUCCUCCUCUGCCAGUCACACCCCUCAUCCAGACCUGCUGGUGUCCUUCUCUCCAGACACACCCUUACCGCCCCAGAAGAGAACCCCACUAACCUCAAUACCUAAGGCUGGGUCUGCAGCUUCUCACUAUAGUCUGACAGCUGCUCUCUCCUCAGUGGCCCAUAUGUCCUCUCAGAGCACCCUCCUGCAGCCCCUGGUGUUAGCAGGGCCCAGUGUGAAGCAGCAUCAACAACAGCACUGCGACUCCUUCAGCCUGAGUGACAGUUGGCCACCUGUGGAGUUCUGCCUGUCACCUGAAGCCUCCUACGAGUCUCUGUCCAUCAGCCAUCUGCAGAGGAGAGGUCUGCUGAAAUCUGUGAGCUUGGCAGUGGAUUUGAUCAUGGCUCAUUUUGGGACCAGUCGAGAUCCUGGGGAAAAGAUGUGGCUAGGUACCACCAUUGGUGGUCUUGUUCUGGAGCAUCUGUGUCCCACCAUCCAGAACAUUCUGCAGGAUGGUCUCAGGGACCACAAACUGGACCUGAUCAUCGGUCAGCGACGCAACCAUGCCUGGAACGUGGUGGAGGCCUCCACUCACACAGGCCCUACCACCCGGGUGCUCCACAGCUUGCUGUCCAAGGUGAGGCAGUGCUCCCUGCUGACCAGCCACUGUAUGAAACUACGAGCCUUCAUCAUGGGCCUGCUCAACCUGAGGACCUUGGAAUUCUGGCUGAAUCACCUCUACAACCAAAAAGAGGUGGUGAAAGAUCACUACCAUCCAUGGGGUUUCCUCGCCAUGUCGCAGGGGCAGUGUCAGCCUCUGUUCCAGGAGCUCCUCCUCCUGCUGCAGCCUCUCUCCAUGUUACCCUUUGAUCUCAACCUGCUGCUGGAGCCCCGCCUGCUACACAACAGACAGCUCUGCUCUGAGGAACAAUCUCCACUGUUGAAAGGAGACAGAGAAGACAGACAGGGGGCGUAUAGCUCUAUGGAUGGACCCAGGGAAAACAGCAGGCCAACAGGUGAACCACACCAGCUGGUACAGCAUCUUCAGGGGUCCUCGCAGGUUUCAAAGGCCAUGGGUCAGGAGAAGAGGGUGAGGCCUGUAGGUGAGUCUAGUAGGAGCCUGUGGUCAGCCGCUAUUCCAGGGUGUUGGCAGAGACAACCUUCCCACGCAGAGAGGGGGGAAUGUGGACAGAUUUACAAGCAUGUCAUCCACCCUGAGCCUCAGCAGAGGAUGGAGGGGAGGAGAGAAGAGGUGACUUCACAGGAGGGCAGGAGGGAGGGAAGGGGUCCAGAGACCCCCAGGAUGACGGCAGACUUCCAGGAUGAUAACCCUUCCCAGGGUGGGCUACGCUGGGCCAAGCUCUUUGGAUCAGGAAGGGACCACCCUGCCAGGACACAGAGGGCACCCCAAAACCCCAAUGGGACACAGACCAAGAAAAGGAGACCUUCACAGUGGCUGCAGUUGGACAGUUCUCAGCUGGGCCUAUUGGCCCAUACAGUAUGGUCAGGGAAACAGCCUGACCGGAAACACCAAACAUAGACCUAGUGCCCCAGGAGAAGAAAAGAUACACUACCAAAAAUGUCAACUGCAUGAUCCUGAGUCAGUCUUAUAGUGCAAAGUGUUGCACACAGACACCUCAGCUAGAACACACGCACACUGGUCAGAAAAGCACAGUAGACCAUUUGUUGUUGUCUGAGCAUGGGUGAUACAUUUACCCAAAUGUCAUUUUAAGGCAAUAACAACUCUACGAUGUUUAGUUAUAUUUACAAGUGCUUCUGUUCAUCUGUCAUGAAUUGGGAUUCAUGCAAUAGAUUCUCCCUGUGCACCUGUCAAUCAAACUGUGGUCAGUGAGAGGCUCCACCUAUGCUACAGUCUUGCCUUAGGAUCUGAAAGCCUUGUGGACCAUUCCAGACUCUCCAUAAGAAACCAAUUAGUAUUUAAUGGAGCUGCAUGCAUACCAUACAGUAGCAUCCUAUUAUCCUAAUAGUAUCCAUCUGUCCUCUACCUUCCAACCCUAUGCCCUGUCUAUUCUAUGUGCGAAUGGAAUGUCAACAAAAAAAAAAUGCAGAAAGGCAAUCUUUACUAGCCAUGUUAACUAGUGCCAAAUAUUAUGCCACUCAGCAGCCUUGUACAGUGGCUUAUCUUCCAAAAUGAGGUUGCCUUCAUAUUCAACUAGACAAAGUCAAUACAUGUUUGUGAGGUAAUCCAGACUAGCAAGGUAAGAUUUCUGUGCAUGUGUAUAAAAAAUGAUAUAUGUACGUUCAAGGAGUCAUUAGGUGCUAAUUUAAUCCUACUACUUUGUGUGGUUCUUCUACCUACAUCAAUAUCCUAAUAUAUUGUUUUUUAUGAGAGAGAAGUAGUUUUGUAAAUAUUUAGGUAAUCAAAUUCUAGAAUUGUGGAACCGUUAGUCUCCAAAUCGAGUGUGUUGUUUUCACAAUAUUAAGCUAUCAUGGUGUGUUUCAGGUGUACACUGUUUUGAUAGGCCAGUAGUUCUAAGCUAAGGAGUAAAAUCAAGUUUGAAAUUGCGUGACAGGAAUGACUUGGUUAUUAUAACCUCUGCAAUAAUGUGAAGGUGAGUUUAUCAAACCCCUCUCAUCUUUCCUCCCCAACCUAACUGUACUUAACCCUACAACCUUAGAAGAAUGCACCCUCUGAGUGGAAGUUCCUUGUGACAAUCAACCUUUGCAAAUAAAGAUAAAUCAAUAAGUUA